AAUCUAUGAUUUUACCUCUGAAUCAAACUUCAUUUCUUCUGCCUUAUCUGUCCCAAUUCGGUAUCAAUCGCCACCUACGCUCAUCUUGCAGAGAAGAAGGGGUGGAAGAGAGCUCAGAUCUGUCCUAUUCAGAGGGGUUGAAAUCAAGCCAGAGUGAUCUGACGGAGGGAUAGUGGAGCUGCAGAUAGAACCCCAAAGACUCCGAGAUAUGGCAGACAAAUUGGCCCCUGAGAAACGUCACAGCUUCAUCCAUAAAGGCUCUCUCUCUCUCUCUCUCUCUCUCUCUCUUAGUGCAUAUGCAUAAUUUUUGUGUAGAUGAUUGGUUGUUAAUUUGAUUGUUAGGGGUUUUUGUUUGAUUAACAGAUCAGAAGGUCUUUGAAUGGGACCAAACACUUGAAGAGUUGAACAUUUACAUCACUCUCCCCGAGAGUGUUCCUAAAAAGUUAUUCUAUUGCAAAAUAGAGUCCAAACAUUUGGAAGUUGGAAUUAAAGGCAACCCUCCUUACCUUAAUCAUGAUCUUACUCAUCAUGUGAAGACAGAUUGUUCCUUCUGGACAUUAGAGGAUGAUAUAAUGCAUGUAACCCUUCAGAAGAGAGAUAAAGGACAGACAUGGCCUUCUCCUAUCAUGGGCGAAGGUCAGUUGGAUCCUUAUGCGACAGAUCUUGAACAGAAGCGCCUCAUGCUCCAAAGGUUCCAAGAAGAGAAUCCUGGCUUUGACUUUUCACAAGCACAAUUCAGUGGCAAUUGCCCUGACCCCAAGAGCUUCAUGGGUGGGAUUCGGUCUACUUGAUCUUGGGUAUAUUACUUGAUGCAAUUUCACUACAAUCAAAUACUAUCCAACCUGUGUUUUCUUUUAUCUUUUUCCCCCUUUCCGUAUAAGCGUUAUUGGCAAAAUGGUCACUUUUUGUCUGUCCACCUUAACAUGACUGUGUCUUAUGGUUGGUAAUGUAAGCAAAUUGUUGGCAUUAUGACUAUGAAAUGUGAAGUUUGAACACAAUGAAUAUGGGAGCUCUUCCACAUGUAUUUGUAUUGUAAUGUGCAUGAGAAUUUCUGCUCAUUUAAAUCGUGUAGAAAUCCAGGUUUGCAGUAUUUGUUUGAAUAGCUUUGAUGGCUUGUUAGAAUAAUGAGGAGUGCUAGGG